AUGUCUAGUUCUUCAAUUUCAGUUGCAGUGAGAGUUCGACCAUUAAAUUCUAAAGAAACAUCUCAACUUCAGAUAAAUAAUAAUGAGGCGUUGACAUUUGUAGGAGAUGGAUCGUUUACAGGAACACCUAUGCAAAAAAAUCCGUCAAAAGGAUUAAGGCGAAUUGUUCAAGUUUUAGAUGAACGUGUCUUAAUAUUUGAUCCAGCAGAUACAAAUCCAAUGGCACGAUUUCAAAAAACAUUAUUGCCAGUAGGAAAAAGAGUAAAGGAUAUAAGAUAUGCUUUUGAUAGGGUCUUUGAUGAAGAUUCAACGCAAGAAAUGGUUUAUGAAAGUACAGUUAAACCUUUAUUGGAUGGAAUACUAGAAGGAUAUAAUGCUACUGUUUUUGCAUAUGGGGCAACAGGCUGUGGUAAAACUCAUACUAUAAGUGGAUCGCAAGAAGAUCCUGGAAUUAUUUUUUUGACUAUGAAGGAACUUUUUGAUAAAAUGACUUCAUUAGCUGAUGAAAAAAUCAUUGAAAUUAGCUUAUCUUAUUUGGAGAUAUAUAACGAAACUAUUCGAGAUCUUUUAGUUCCAUCUAUAAAUGCUAAGUCACUUUCAUUGAGAGAAGAUUCAGAUCAAAAAAUUGCGGUACCUGGAUUAACAAUAUAUCGUCCACAAAAUGUAGAUGAAGUUAUGGAUAUUAUUUUGAAAGGCAAUGCGAAUAGAACAAUGUCUCCUACCGAAGCAAAUUCUGUUUCAUCUAGAUCACAUGCAGUUUUACAAAUUAAUGUUAUUCAAAAAUCACGAACUGCUAACAUUUCGGAAGAUCAUUUUGGUGCUACUCUUUCUAUUAUUGAUUUAGCAGGAAGUGAGAGAGCAUCUGUUACAAAAAAUAGAGGAGAACGUCUUCUUGAGGGCGCAAAUAUUAAUAAAUCUUUAUUAGCAUUGGGUAAUUGCAUAAAUGCUCUUUGUGAUCCUCAUCGACAUAAUCAUGUCCCUUAUAGAGACUCUAAACUUACUAGACUUUUAAAAUUUUCUUUAGGAGGAAAUUGUAAAACUGUAAUGAUUGUUUGUGUAAGUCCUUCUAGUAGUCAUUAUGACGAAACUCAUAAUACGCUAAAAUAUGGGAACCGUGCUAAAAAUAUAAAAACUAAAGUAUCUCGUAAUAUGAUUACAGUAGAUAGACAUGUUAGUCAAUAUGUUAAAGCAAUCUAUGAAUUACGGCAACAAGUUUCUGAAUUAAAAAGAAAGUUAGAUGAUAAAAAAUCAGAAGAAAUUGACAAAAUGGCUAAAAAGCAAGCAUUCUAUGAUGUUAAAUUAAAUGAAGGUAUUCAUAGAUUACACAUGAUAUUCGAAAAAUUAUCAUUACUUAAAGAGCAAUAUUAUUUAAAUGUAAAUUCCUUACUUUCUUUAGAAAAUCAGUUUCAUACAAUAAAUUCAUGGAUCAUAGCUUUUGAUAUUUUAUCUGAUAUAGAUCUUGAUAAUGAAACUGUCUUAAUGCUUAAACCAACAAGAGACUUAGCUAAAAAAUUACUAGAUGAUUUGGAAAAUAAACGACAGGUUAUUCUUAGAGAAAUUUCAAGAAUUACUAUAAAUAAAGAUUUUGAUACUGCAUGCGAUAGUAUUUUAAAAGAUUUAAGAGAAGAUGGUCUUAAUGAAACAUCAAUGAAUUUAUUUCUUAAAGAAGCAAAGAUGAUGAAAAUAACAUCAGAAAGAGAUUUUCUUUCUAAAGAACGAUUAAAUCUUCAAAAUUCAUUGGAAAAAACAUAUUCAAUGAUGCAACAAUUUGCUAGGGCAAGUUUUGAAGGAUUAAGUACCUCUAUGUUGAUGUUAAAAAAUGAAGAGAACACCCUUAUAACUCAAAUGUCUAGAGAAGAAGCAUUUAAAUCAUCAUGUAAAACACUUACAGAUAUAAUUCAUCAAUUUUCAUCCGAAACAAAUUCUUCGAAUUAUGAUAACGACACAAAAACUUUUAAAAAGCAUCUUACUAGUCCAUUUUUAAGUUCAUGUUUUAGAAAACAAUAUCUUCAUACUUCAUCACCGUUUCAAAUUAAAUCUCCAAAAACAUUUAAAGUACACACCCCAAAAAAGAAUAUUAUGUUUCACAAAAGUAAAAAUAUUUCUAAAAAAAAAAAGGUUAGAUGGGAUGACCAAUCAAGUGAUGCUGAAAUAAGCAUUAUAAAAAAUGAUUCUACUGAAUCAGAUUUACCUGUUCUGUCUGAUUUAAAAAUUAAUAUUACACCUAAAGCGGUAUUAUUACAUACUUCUAAAAAUCAUGAGCAAGUAUCAUCAAAAGGAGAUGAUGUAUUUUCUCAAAUUAAUAAAGAUGAACAAGAAAAUUCAUUUAUGGAAUCAGGAUCUGAAAAUGAUAAUACAAUUGAAAAUUCUAAUUCAUCAAAACUGAAAAGUGUACUAAAAAAAACAGACAAAACAAUUUCUCAAAUUUACAAAAGGAAUCGCUUAUUGUCUACUAAUAUAUCUGAAAUUUCUACAAAAUCUAUAACUAGACGAUUAAAAUUCGAUAAAGAAAAUCAGAAAUCUAGUCCUAUACAAGAAUCUCCACGGAAUCAAGCUUCUACAAUGGGAAUUGGAAAUUCUAUUAGAGUUUCUAAUUCUAUGGCCUCUUUUAAAGAAACAAAAGACACUUCAUUUGCAUCUAAAACGGAAAAAACAGACUUAAAUAAACCGCAGAUUAUUAAUAAACCAUGGAGAUAA